CAUCUCCAUCCAGUCAGAGUGAACUGCGGGGGCAGACCGAGCGGAUCUCUGCAGUCCUCGACAGCGGAAAGAAACCCAGAAUAAGAUUUUUUUUUCCCUCGCCGAGCUUUUCCCCUUCGCUUGGUUUUCGCCUGCUCUGCUUUGGGACUCGACCAACGGAACUUUUCGGCCCUCUGGAGUUUCACACAGUCUCCUUUUUAUUUUUGAAAAGGACAGUCGGCGACCUGCUGCGGGGAGCGAUGUACACUGAGCUGGACUAAAACUGGAAGAACUGUCGUAGGAUCUUUAAAAGCUCCAUUCACUGGAUGUUUGAUGAAGCUCUUCUCGGUUUUAGUCAGUUCUGGGACGCCGUGGAUUUACCAGGUCGGGGAACGGAUUGAUACUUGUGAUUCCCAUUCGGCGAGAAGGAUUAACGCUUCCAAAGUUGGAAGAAAAACAUGGAGACUGUAAGUCGGCAGAGCUUCCAGCCUCACCCGGGACUGCAACAAACUCUGAAGCAGUUUCACCUCAGCGCCAUAAACUCCCUGGGCGGACCGGCGGCUUUCUCGGCUCGGUGGCAGCAUGAGCUCCUCUUCAAGAAGGACGGGAAAGAGCUCGAGCCGGUCCUGCAGCAUCUGCCGCCGCCCGUGAUGCCGGGCCCGCUGUUCAUCCCGUCCGACCGCUCCACGGAGAGGUGCGAGACGGUGCUGGAGGGGGAGACCAUCUCGUGCUUCGUGGUCGGCGGGGAGAAACGCCUGUGCUUGCCGCAGAUCCUCAACACGGUGCUCCGGGACUUCUCCCUGCAGCAGAUCAACUCUGUGUGCGACGAGCUGCACAUCUACUGCUCCCGCUGCACGGCGGACCAGCUGGAGAUCCUCAAAGUCAUGGGCAUUCUGCCCUUCUCCGCGCCGUCCUGCGGCCUCAUCACCAAGACGGACGCCGAGCGGCUCUGCAACGCCCUGAUCUAUGGAGGAGCAUACCCGCCGCGAUGCAAGAAGGACCCGGGCUCCGGCUCCCUGGAGCUACAGCUCACCGAUCGGAGCUUCAAGAUCUACCACGAGUGUUUCGGCAAGUGUAAAGGCUUGUUCGUGCCGGAGCUGUACAGCAGCCCCAACGCAGCGUGCAUCCAGUGCAUGGACUGCAGACUCAUGUACCCGACCCACAAGUUCGUGGUGCACAGCCACAAGGCGCAGGAGAACAGGACUUGCCACUGGGGCUUCGACUCGGCCAACUGGAGGGCGUACAUCCUCCUGGGUCAGGAUUACACGGGCAAAGAGGAGAAGGCGCGCCUGGAGCUGCUGCUGGACGAGAUCAAGGAGAAAUUUGACUUCGCCAACAAGUACAAGAGGAAAGCAUCAUCCAGGGCGUCUGAUGGCAUCCCUGUGAAAAAGUCCAAACUGGAAAACGCCCCCCCAUCACAGUCUCCACUUGGUGACAAAGAGAAGCAGCACGACUGGCUGCAGUCCCUGUCUGCCUCAAACAAGGGGAUCAACUGCCUGCAGCCCAGACAGAGACCUUCAGCUUUCAGACCAUGGUCUCCUCACAUCUCUGCUGGGGAGAAGGAGCCGCCCCCCCACCCUCUGGCUCUGCUGAGAGACAGCUUCUACAACUACAAGAGCCUCGAGGAUGCUGUGGCCCCCAACGUGGCCCUCACGCCACUCCCUCUGGGGAAGGCGGGGCCCACGUCCCCGUCUGCCGCCAACACGUCCCAGCCUUCAGAUGAGGGUGCGAGCCACAGCUCCAGACCUCGUAAGAGAAGAGCUACGGAGGAGCUGCCAGCUCCAGAGGGCCCCUGCCCCCCGCCUGCUGCCGCCUGCCGGCCCCCGCCGCAGGAUGACAAGGACUCUGAGGUGGAGGUGGAGGUGGAGAGCCGUGACGACUCCACCUCCUCCAUGUCCUCCCUGUCCUCGCCGUCCUUCACCUCAUCCAGCAGCUCAGCCAAGGACCUGAGCUCACCGGGGGCCCAAGGGCCGGUCUGCACCGUCACGUCGGCAGAAUGCUCCGCCCCUGCCGCUGCAGCCCCCGCUGUGACCGCGGCACCUUCGGAGCUGGGGCUGGAGUCAGAGCUGGAGAGCCUCAGGCAGGCGCUGGACGGCGGGCUGGACUCCAAGGAGUCAAAGGAGAAGUUCCUGCAUGAGAUCGUGAAGAUGAGAGUGAAGCAGGAGGAGAAGCUGGGCUCAGCGCUGCAGGCCAAGCGGAGCCUCCAGCAGGAGUUGGAAUUCCUGCGGGUGGCGAAGAAGGAGAAGCUCCGAGAGGCGACCGAGGCCAAGCGCAGCCUGAGGAAGGAAAUUGAGCGUCUGCGAGCCGAGAGCGAGAAGAAGAUGAAGGAGGCGAACGAGUCGCGGAUCCGUCUGAAGAGGGAGCUGGAGCAGGCGCGGCAGCUGAGGGUCUGCGAUAAAGGCUGCGAGGCCGGCCGUCUCCGCGCCAAAUACUCCGCACAGAUCGAGGACCUCCAGAUGAAGCUGCAGCACGCCGAGGCCGACCGCGAGCAGCUCAGAGCCGACCUGCUGCAGGAGCGGGAGGCCAGGGAGCACCUGGAGAGGGUGGUAAAGGAGCUCCAACAGCAGCUCUGGCCCAAACCUGGCUGCAAAGAAGCGCCCCCUAACAAGUAACCCCGAGAAAAGCCUCGGCACUCAAUCAUUCCCCCUCAUUGCUCUCAUCCCAUACGACACAGCCUGCUGCUCCAGUAGCUCUGGGCCGACCCACGGCACCACUGUCACCGACACCUGAACCCAAAUCGUCCAGAAGACAGAGAAAAAGUUCCCAUCAGAGGAAACACGCAGGUGUUUUCUGAUCCAGACCCACGCAGAGUGAAGGGAGAGCAGAAGCAGCCAGGGGACACGCGUUUCUAAAUCCAGCACCGACUGACUCACCGUUCACACUCAGACCUGCAAACAGACGAGGACACGGAGUUCACCGAGCGCAGCCGCGCCCACCAGGAAACGAAACGAGACUCUCACGCCGCACUAGCAAACUGCUGGAAGGCUGUCAUUACAUCACAGCUGCAGCGAGGGGACCACGGCCCAGAGGGCCGGGCCGGGCCGGGCCCCCCAAAUGAAAGGCUUCCAGCGUCGGCUCACGGCUGGAAGCAGGCAGAGGCUUUUCAAGACAUUAUAAGCUAUCUACAGACUGCAUAGCGAUACGUACAGGAAAAAAAAAUAAAAUGCUUUUGUCAGUGCUGGUGGAGCGGAAGCAGAGACAGUACAAAUGAAUACGAUGGACAGUAAAUAUAAAAGAUGCAAACUCCACCACGGCGUGGUUGUUCAGGAGGUUUCCUGUCAUUCAGUUAAAGGCACCUUCUCUGUUUUCACUGAGCACUUGUUGGACAGUCUCACACACAUCCACGCUGGUUGCCAUAGUUUUACUUUGAUUUUCUGUCUUUUUUUUCUUUUUCCCUCCAGUGUGAGCGUGGCCUUGUGUUCUCGUAAUCUUUGAAUGAUAGACGCCGUGUUUUUUUUUGUUGUUUUUUUUGUUGUUUGUUUUUUCCUCCAUACCGGCUUCGUCAUCCGGUAGCUUUUCAGUGGGCUCUCAUCAAUUACCACAAAAAUGUCUGAUUGUUAAGUUAAGGCGUGUAAAUAAUAAUAAAAAGAAAAGUUUUUUUUUGUUUUGUACUUUACAGUAAUGAAUCGCACUUUCGUCAAAACUUAAAAAAAAAAAAAAAAUAGAAAAAAAAAAUCCAGUUUAAAUGCGUUUUACUGCCACCGUUGUCAUCCAGUGGUCACAGAAUCAAGCGAGUGUUUUGUGUGGAAGAGUUGCUGCGGUUUCCAGCAGCUGAUUGUAAAUAGACCGAAAAAUGUUCAGCAGGCAGAACUUUUCAGGAAGUUUGGAGCUGCUCAGAUCUCUGUGGCCUGGACUGUUACAGCAGCGCGAACAAACUAACAAACAGUCAACUCUUGGAUGUUGUUUUUUGUACGUGGAGAUACUUUUACUUCUUGUCUGUUGUGUUCACAAUUAGUUUUCGGUAGGAACCUCAUCUUCUUUAUGCAUGAGAAACAAAAAUGGUUUGCCAUUCAUAUAGUCACUUAUUGGGCAUUGAUACUGUACAUGUAAGGGUUUUUAUUGUGUUAUGCAACUUAAAGCAACUUGUCUUAUUUAGCAGGAAAAGCAUUGGUGUUAAAUAAAAGCCAAAUGCCAUUUUUAGAUCAACUCACAUUUACAAAAAAUAUAUAUAUACCUAUAAAUAUUGAAAGAGGAAAACAAAAAAACGAGUGCAAUGCUGGACAACCUCAAGUGCCUGAGAGAUGGGCGAAAGGUUUCCAGAGUCAGAAACCUGACGGUGGCGCUGCCGUCCAGUUCCCAUUAGCAGGUUUCGAAACGAAGAGGCCCUUCUGUGCUCUGCAGCGCUUUAAUCAGUGUUUCCUUGAAUCAGCAGUUUACAGAACUCUGCGCAGCGCAGAAAACGCUCUCAACAAAUGCUUCAAAUGUUUUGGGGUUUUUUUGUUUGUUGUUGUUUUUUCUUCUGAUGUCUGAACCAAUGAUAUGCAUGCUCUCAGAGGAGAUUUUAUAAACAAUCCUGAAAAAAUAAAAAUGGAAAAGAAAAAAAAAAGAAAAAAAAAACUUGGUAAAUUGUUACUAAAGAUUGUACAUAAGGACUUUUACAGUUGGGUUUGCCGAUGCAAGUGUUGGAACGGGCCUUUUCUGAUCCAGCAUUACAGAUGUUCCCUGAUGUUGCCUCCCUCCAGCAGACCUGUAUUGGUACAUUUUUCUAGUAGUUUUUACUCUUCAGAGCUCAUAUCCUCUACGUUCUGGUUUUCUACGGCGGAGGGAAGCGCUAACAUUGGCCUGUCUGCUCUCCCGUGCAAAGCAAAGGAAGAAAAAAACAAACAAAAAAAAACGAUUUAAUGAUGUCCUGUUUUCUAAAAGAGAAUCAUUUUUUUCUAAGCGAUGGGCAGCAAAGCAGCAAUAACAGUCCGUAUUAAUAGGCCAAAUACUAGCCAGUGUGAAGAUUUGAAUACAAAUUUACACGUGUAAAUAUGUUUUUCAUUCACAAUACUGUAUUAUAAAUGUACAUGGUGUUUCCAUAUCGUUUCUUACAGCAGCUGUUUGUUUUUCUUUUCCGUGUUUUUGUUGUUGUUGUUUUUUUUUUUUAAAGUUUGUGUUUUAAUGAAAAUGUUUCAGGAACAGUUGAUGCAGAGAGUAUUCCCUUCAUAAACAUUUUAUCCUGUUUUUUUCUUUUUCGAACUAAAUAGUUUUUACUGAAUUAUCUUUUUUCACUUCUUCAUAUAGGUUUUAAGCAAAUGUUCAGCAUCGUAUAGCCGGCCCACAUGACUUCCUCUCCCCUCGCCCUCAUGUAUUAUUUUUAGCCCUGUGCUGCUGCUGAUACUAUAUACAGUUCUAGAAAUAUUUUUAUGUAAGAGGCAAGCUUUGUCAUGUAUUAAUGCCACAUAUAUAAUAUGAAAAGAAGCUUGGCUUAUUCAUCUACGUCCGUUUUUUUCCCCCGUGUUUUGACACCUCUCCCCUUCCCUUCUCUAACGACUCGGACUAUAUUGUAAAGGACUUUAUGAGAUUAUGUUUGAAAAUAGCCAUGCUUAUAUACUACAGUGACUGAAUGUACAGUGUAUAGAUGCAUUACCAGAAAUAAAGAUGUUUGUCCAGA